UAUUUAUUCAUUUCUUUCGCAGGAAAAGAAUAAAAAAUAAAUUCAAUUACAGGAUUCAACGAUCGGGCCCGACGCCAGACCACUGCUGCUGCAGCUGCUGCUUCUCUCCGCCGUCCCGUCGGUUCAUUUGUUGGAUCCAUUUGAUCGUGCUUCCUGCCUUCGAUCUGGGCUUGUUUUGAGGAAAAUUGUGAACCGAGAGCAAAUCUGAUGGCCGCUCCACCCGCCAGAGCUCGAGCCGAUUAUGAUUAUCUCAUUAAGCUGCUUUUGAUUGGCGACAGCGGUGUGGGUAAGAGUUGCCUUCUUUUACGUUUCUCUGAUGGUUCGUUCACCACCAGUUUCAUUACUACCAUUGGGAUUGAUUUCAAGAUAAGAACUAUCGAGCUUGAUGGGAAAAGAAUCAAACUGCAGAUAUGGGAUACUGCUGGGCAAGAGAGAUUUAGAACAAUUACAACUGCUUACUACCGUGGAGCGAUGGGUAUAUUGCUGGUGUAUGAUGUCACUGACGAGUCGUCUUUCAACAACAUUAGGAACUGGAUCAGAAACAUCGAACAGCAUGCCUCAGACAACGUAAACAAGAUAUUGGUGGGUAACAAAGCUGACAUGGACGAAAGCAAACGGGCUGUCCCUACCUCCAAAGGUCAGGCGCUCGCCGAUGAAUAUGGAAUCAAAUUUUUUGAGACAAGUGCCAAAACGAACAUGAAUGUGGAGGAAGUUUUCUUCUCCAUUGCGCGCGACAUCAAACAGAGACUUGCUGAAAGUGACUCCAAGACUGAGCCCCAGGCCAUAAGAAUUAACCAGGCAGAUCAGGCAGGCGGCGCUGCACAAGCUGCUCAAAAAUCGGCAUGCUGUGGUUAAACAACGAGAUAGGAUGGCAAGGUGCAAAAUCUCAUCCCUUAAAUUGAUCAUUUUGAUAGGGGAUGAUGAGUCUUUGCUGUGACAAUUUGUAUUUCAAUCAUUCCAAUUAGUAUAUUAUUAUUAUUAUUAUUAUUAUUAUUAUUAGAAGAACUUAAGAAGUCGUAUUUUUAUGGGCAAGGAAUUAAUUUUAUAAAUAUUAAUAUAUAUGUGUGAAGUGUAGGACUUGCGUCUCCAACUGCUGCUUUUAUUUGUUUCUUUAGUUGUGUAAGAAAAAUCGAAGUUGGGAAUU